GUAAAUCAGAUGUGGACUGUUUUUAUACAAUCAUAAAUAGAUCGACCAUUACGAUAUAGAAGACUGAAAACAAAACUAUAUGAAGGAAUAUUAGAUUGAAUUGCAGAACUAUCAUAUGUUCAAUAAAUGGCCUGACAAGUUGAACAGAAAGAAUAGCAUCUUUGACUCCAAGAUUGUAUGUUUUUUUUAGAUGAUGAAGCCCCGCCUAAUUUUCUUUGUGCUACUUGUUUAUAAUGUGCAAGCAGAAAAUGAGACCGGAAACUGUAAGGACAUGUUACAGGGAUACCUGACAGGUCAGUUGUCGUCUGCUUUAGGGGCAUAUCAAGUGGAGGCUUUAAAGCGGGAAUUCAAAAGCUUCACUGAGACCAUGGAACAAUCUAUGAAGAAUUUCAAGAAAGAGAUGGAAGCCAGUGUUGUCAGUGGAGAUAAACAUAAUCGGAGUGCUGUUUAUACAAGAUGGGGGAAGAAAACGUGUCCCUCCAACGCAGAAAUAGUUUAUUCGGGUUUAGCAGGCGGAUCAUGGUACGGUCACAGUGGUGCAGCCGUAGAUCCACUGUGUUUACCGAGAGAUCCAGAGUGGGGGAUCUACAGGGAUGGAACUGAUGGGGAAAAGGCUUAUGUGUUUGGAGCAGAAUACGAAACAUCGGACGUUAGUCAUUCGGCUUCACUUCAAAACCAUGAUGUUCCUUGUGCUGUUUGCCUAGUGAGAAAUAGAACUGUAGUGAAAGUAUUUCCAGCAAAAAGAACAUGUUACAAAGGGUGGAGUUUGGAAUACGAGGGUUAUCUUAUGGCUGGACGUUAUGAUCACACCGCUGCAACUACAUAUAAGUGUGUAGACAAGAAUCCAGACACCUUACACGGCGGUCAUCUUGACAAAAAUGGCUACCUUUUUUAUCAUGUCGAAGCUCGGUGUGGCUCACUGAAAUGUCCACCGUACGUAGAGGGAAGAGAACUGGUUUGUGCUGUAUGUUCCAAAGAGUGAUAAUGUAAUAAACUGUUUUUAAAGAUGUAUUAUGUUUCAUUUUUUGCGUUUUAUUUAUGAAAGUGUUCAUCUGAAAGUUCAAAUGGGAGUAUGUUGAAGACAUGUUUAAAGACAAAGGGACAAAAAAUACAAGUGGUUAAUUAAAAGUGAUAUCUUGUUUAAACACAUUUUUUCGUAAGGAUGAAUCUACAUACAUCUACAAUGGUAGU